AUGCCUGAGGCACCCCAACCUGCAGAGCAGCAACGGCAGAGAGCUGUGGCAUCACGUAAUCGUCAACCACGACGUGAUGGGGCCGCAGCAGGGCCACCAGCUCCUGCAGCAAGUUCUCGAGGGCGCCGCCGUCGUCCACCACUGCAAGCUCCCAUCCAGCCGAAUGCCGAACAUGCUGAUGUCGCAGUUCCUGAAGUAGCACCAGCCCCUGUGACAAGAUCUCGCGGGCGUCCCCGUCGAGUACCACUGGAAGCUCCUAUCCAGCUGAAUGCGGAACUAGCUGAUGAGGCAGUUCCCGAAGCGGCAGCGGCAGAGAUACCGCAGGCCCCACAACUAGUUCCACCAGAACAGAUUGCACCUCAUCCACGAGUGGCAAUUGACGACGUACCGGUUCCUUUGAGGAGGCACCAAGAACAUCCACGCCGAGGUACACUGCAAGCUCCCAUCCAGCCGAAUGCCGAACAUGCUGAUGUUGCAAUUCCUGAAGUAGCACCAGCCCCUGUAACAAGAUCUCGCGGGCGUUCCCGUCGAGUACCACUGGAAGCUCCCAUCCAGCUGAAUGCGGAACUAGCUGAUAAGGCAGUUCCCGAAGCGGCAGCGGCAGAGAUACCGCAGGCCCCACAACUAGUUCCACCAGAACAGAUUGCACCUCAUCCACGAGUGGCAAUUGACGACGUACCGGUUCCUUUGAGGAGGCACCAAGAACAUCCACGCCGAGGUACACUGCAAGCUCCCAUCCAGCCGAAUGCCGAACAUGUUGAUGUCGCAGUUCCUGCAGUAGCACCAGCUCCUGCGACAAGAUCUCGCGGGCGUCCCCGUCGAGUACCACUGGAAGCUCCUAUCCAGCUGAAUGCGGAACUAGCUGAUGAGGCAGUUCCCGAAGCGGCAGCGGCAGAGAUACCGCAGGCCCCACAACUAGUUCCACCAGAACAGAUUGCACCUCAUCCACGAGUGGCAAUUGACGACGUACCGGUUCCUUUGAGGAGGCACCAAGAACAUCCACGCCGAGGUACACUGCAAGCUCCCAUCCAGCCGAAUGCCGAACAUGCUGAUGUCGCAGUUCCUGAAGUAGCACCAGCCCCUGUGACAAGAUCUCGCGGGCGUCCCCGUCGAGUACCACUGGAAGCUCCCAUCCAGCUGAAUGCGGAACUAGCUGAUAAGGCAGUUCCCGAAGCGGCAGCGGCAGAGAUACCGCAGGCCCCACAACUAGUUCCACCAGAACAGAUUGCACCUCAUCCACGAGUGGCAAUUGACGACGUACCGGUUCCUUUGAGGAGGCACCAAGAACAUCCACGCCGAGGUACACUGCAAGCUGCCAUCCAGCCGAAUGCUGAACAUGUUGAUGUCGCAGUUCCUGCAGUAGCACCAGCUCCUGCGACAAGAUCUCGCGGGCGUCCCCGUCGAGUACCACUGGAAGCUCCCAUCCAGCUGAAUGCCGAACUAGCUGAUGAGGCCGUUCCCGACAUGGCAGCGGCAGAGAUACUGCCGGCCCCACAGCUAGUUCCACCAGAACAGAUUGUACCUCAGCCUCCGGUGACAUCUGGUGAGGNGAGCUACUGUCGGCCCCACAGCUAG